GAUUCUUGCAUUGCAUAGCAUAUUCUGAAGUGGCUUCACUCUCACUCUCACGCAAGAUUUGGACUCAAAACCAUGGAACUUUUACAGUCGCACAGGGCGGAGAUGAUAACCAUUGCGGUGGCUCUCGUCGCCGUCGUUGGUGCCACCGCCUACUACUACUACCUCACCAAAAAACCUAAAGGUUGCUUGGACCCCCAGAACUUCAGGGAAUUCGAACUUGUUAAACGCACGCAGCUGAGCCAUAAUGUGGCUAAGUUCAAGUUUGCUCUUCCCACACCAAUGUCAGUCUUGGGACUUCCAAUCGGACAGCAUAUGAGCUGCAGAGGAAAAGAUAGUCUUGGUGAUGAAGUGGUUAAACCAUAUACCCCAACAACUUUGGAUUCUGAUGUUGGAUACUUUGAAUUAGUUAUAAAGAUGUAUCCUCAAGGAAGGAUGUCCCACCAUUUUCGAGAGAUGCGUGAAGGUGAUUACUUGGCAGUGAAGGGACCCAAGGGACGCUUCAAGUAUCAGCCCAACCAAGUUAGAGCUUUUGGGAUGCUUGCUGGUGGCACUGGCAUUACUCCCAUGUUCCAGGUUGCAAGAGCCAUCUUAGAAAACCCAGAUGACAAAACCAUUGUACAUCUUAUUUAUGCCAACGUCACAUAUGAGGACAUUCUAUUGAAGGAUGAACUGGAUAACCUUGCCAUUAGCUUUCCCAGCCGCUUCAGUGUCUAUUAUGUUCUGAAUCAGUUGCCUAGAAAAGAUGCAUGGAUGCAAAGCAAAGUUGGCUUGAAAAGAUUGCAUGGAUGCAAAUCCAUGAAUUGGUGCAAAGAUUGGCCUGUUAUUUGAUGGGUGUGACAAGGUUGCCAUGCUUUCAUCCUUGUUUUUUCCCAUAAGCACUUGAUAUAGUUUUUUCUAGUUUAUUUCAUUGUGCACUAGUUGCUCUAGGAUCAGGAUCAUGCUCACUGAAAUGGAACUUUUGGUCAUGUAAGCAUCUAGUAGUAAAUGCUAAUAGAGAUAAAGUUACUCUAGACAGGGUAUCUAUGACCUCAAUUCAUGAGUAGAUUGAGAUUUGAUUGUCAGAAUCCAGUCACAUAUAUGUAUGGGCAUUACUGAUGGAUUCUUGUUGUCCAGUUUGAGGUAUAUUAUGUAUAAACCAGAAAAAUGGUUUUAUAUGUUCAAACUAUGCUCAGAAAUUGGAAUAGAAUUAACACUGGAAAUGUUACUAUGA